AUGCCUCCCAAGAGAAAAUCAACCGACUCCACUGCCAGCAGCACAAAGAAGUCUAAAGGCCCAAGCCCUGAAGUAGACAUGGAAACAGAGCGCGCUCUUAACAGGCGCUGGGCUCCCGUCUAUGUAUCCCGCAAUGCAGAUUCGGAGUUCAAAUUGCGAACUCGUGAUCCCGUCAAGGCUUUCAGUUAUAUAUGCCUGGGAUGCGCUCCUUGGAAGACCCAGAUCACAGACGAGUCUGAGGAGGAGGAAGAUGAAGAUGAAGACGAAGAGGAGGCGGACGAUACCACUACCCUCAAACCUGCUUCCGAACACCCAGGGGGAAAAUGGAUCUUCACAAACGCCGGCCUGGCUAAGUGGAUUGCGCUGAAGCAGGGCACUGCUGUGCGUGACCCGGAUAACUUCGAGAUGUAUCUCUAUAAUGACUUCUUUGGAUAUGCCAUUAUGGAGCUGGUGGAGAACCUCUUCCUUGAUUUCGAGGAGGCCAAUGGUGAUUGGAAGAUGCAGUGGGCUAUCUGUGAAGCGACGGGGUUGUAUUUCCAAAUGGAUGCUAUCAUCUGCGAAGACGGAGAUACUGUUAACGUGGUGUGUAUCGCCUUUGCCACAAUGUUCCUUACUAUGCUUGCUACUUUGGAGCGAAAUGAUCUCUUAAAGUCGGAUUCGGAGGUAAAGAACAUCGGAGCCAUCAUCGGUCUGUUCAUCCGCUUCAUCGUUGAUGUCGAAGCGUAUGGUAUCAACUGGGAUAACCACGAUGCAAAGCUCAAGGCUUAUGCCGCCAAGCACAAUAUUACGGUCCACGGCUUGAAUCAUGCGAGCUAUGAGAAGUCGUCUGGUGAGAUGGUCGAUCUUCCUGAGGCUACGGCUGGUGCCAAUGAUCCCUGGGGCUGGCGAAAGACAUUAGCAAAGCUGAAGAAGGCCAAUGACGGGCGCCUGGGUGGUGAUUCGAAGGACAUCACGUCUUGGGCUUCUGCGGAGCGCAAGAAGGCUGCUUUCAACAAGAAGGAUCCAAUUUCUCGAAGUGCCAUGACUCAUAUCAAGAAUGGUAGGAUUAUGGAGAUGGCCUGA